CCUAAUUUUAUUUUCCAUUAUCGAACCCACAAUAGGGCUACAAUUUUCAUUUUGGCGGCAUUUGUAAUACCCUAUUAGACGUUCGAUAAGUUUUUAAACAGAAAAAUAAAAAAUUCCGAUAUUUGGUUUUUGACAGAUGACAGGACAGGUGACAUAACCCACAAAAAAGUGACGCACUAAUAAAAAGUUGUUAAAAAUUAAUAAGCGGUUUAAAAAGCUCAGUGAACAGUAUUUCCAUUCAGGAUGAAUGCGCCACCAACCUUCGAGUCAUUUUUGCUCUAUGAUGGAGAGAAAAAGAUAAUAAGGGAACAAGACACAAAAGUGCCAAACGCGGCUAUUUUUACCAUAAACAAAGAAGACCACACGUUGGGAAACAUGAUCAGAAACCAAUUGUUAAAAGAUCCGAACGUUUUGUUUGCUGGAUACAAGGUGCCUCAUCCACUUGAGCAUAAAUUUGUGUUGAGAAUUCAAACAACAUCUGAUUAUUCGCCUCAAGAAGCUUUGAUGAAUUCUAUCACAGAUUUGAUUUCAGAGUUGUCUUUGUUUGAAGAACGUUUUAAGGAAGCGAUCAAGGAAAAGAAAGAAGGUUUAGAUUAAGUAUUUGAAUUUAUUCACUAAUAAUAAAGUUUAUGCUUCGAUAAA